GUGAUAUACAUAGAAAUGUUCUUUUACACCAUUCAAUAUUUAUUAUCUAAGACAUAUAUCAUCGGUAUAUAAUUUAAAUUGUUCAUCAACCUUGACAUUUUUAUGAGCAAAGCAAACCAACAUAGUUAUAUAUAAUGACUCAUACUUCAAGAUAUGUGGGAUACCAUGCUAGUGCAAAUCGAGACUACUUAACAGAUGGAGAUGAAAGUCAUCGUGCUCCAUCAGACCGCACAGUAUCUGAAUACAUUGUAUCAGCUGAUCAUGCUACAAUGGUAAAAACAAUGAAAAAAGAUCGUCCAGAGAAAUAUGAAAAGGAUGAAGGAAGACGUUCACGAAGCGCACACAAUAGUCGUGUUUCAGUAUUGUCUGGAUCAUCCAGGCAAGGUCUACAUCCCCUUAGAAAAAGUGCUUCGCAUGGCAGCAUAUGUGAUAAUGGCUCAGACAUAUAUGUUACAAGCGCUGCUUACAGAGCAACAUCAGAUAUAAGCCAUGCAUCACAUCACAGUCUUACUCCGAGUUUAAGAAUGGGUCAUCGAGCACCUAGUCACUGCAGUUAUGGUUCUGCAAAAUCGGUGAAAUCGCACGCUUCCAGAAAGGAUGGUAUUAUCAUAGAAACAAUGUCAACACCUAAUCCGUUUUGUCCGAAUACCAAGGGAGUUUGUUGUCUUAUGCUACUACUUAAUCUUGGCUUAAUUCUUGUCACAUUAGGAUUUGUUAUAGUAAUUCAAUUCUUUCAACCGCUAAUAGUUUGGAUUUUGGGAAUAGUGUUUCUCGUAUUUGGAUUUUUAACUUUGAUAGGGAGCCUAAUAUAUUGUGUACAUGUAUUUAGAAAUGCUAAACACCCACACGACAUCAAUCCAGAAGACCUUUAUUGGACAAAAUACUGGCAGGGACAUGUAGGUUCAGCACCUGAAGUGUACUACAAGGCAGAGGAUAAGUAUCAAGACGAUGGGUACAGUGAUCGGCUAAGCAAAUACUCAAAUAAAUAUUAUGAUCGACAAAGAUACUAAAAACAACAUCUAAUUUAAUGCAAAACCUGAACAUAUUCAACGUAUUUAUAUUAUAAAUAUAAUAAUGUAUUAUAAUAAUUAUAUUAUAAUGCAAUAAGAAACA